CUUGGAUUUAGGGAAAGUUGCUGUUGACUAAACAAACACAGAACAACCAAGACAUGAGCGACACUAACUCUCGGAACGAGACGGCAGUCACAGUUAAAGGACCGGACACCGAUAUGGGGCUGGUGGCAAAUUCCAGGGAGCGAAAGUCCGGUGGAGAUGUGAUGAAGAGACUCAAGUCGCAACGAAAUCAAACGGAUAAACAGCGGCCUGUUGUUACAGAGGAUGAGCUCAGGGCGCUAGGAUGAGACAUCACACCAGAUGAAAUCCUUGGUCUUUGUGCUGUUACACGGGAUUAUCUAUGUAAACCUGAGGACAACGUCUACAAUAUUGACUUCACACGUUUCAAGAUCAGAGAUCUGGAAACUGGGUCAGUGCUCUUCGAGAUUGCUAAACCUCACAGCUGUGACCCUGAAAAUGAGGAGAAUGGAGAUGGAGGCGCCAGUGCUGGGCGCUUUGUGCGCUAUCAGUUCACGCCAGCCUUUCUCAGACUGCGGAAUGUUGGUGCAACUGUGGAGUUCACUGUGGGGGACCGGCCUGUUAACAGCUUUCGCAUGAUAGAGAGGCAUUAUUUCCAGAAUAAAGUUCUCAAGAACUUUGACUUUGACUUCGGAUUCUGCAUCCCAAACAGCCGGAACACUUGCGAACACAUCUAUGAGUUUCCCCAGCUCCAUAAGGACCUCAUUGGCCUAAUGGUGGAGCACCCGUAUGAGACCAGGUCCGACAGCUUCUAUUUUGUGGACAACAAACUGAUCAUGCACAAUAAGGCAGACUACGCCUACGAUGGGGGCCAGUAGUGUCUGAAGAUUAGCUUCUUGUGUGCAAUUCAACGCAGGGGUCACAUUGCCCCUGAACACAACCAUCACAACCACCAGCUCUUUUGGGAACAGGAGUGUACUUUCUCCACUUCAGACAUUCCAACAAACUUUACCAGCCCCAGGUUUGGGGAAAAAUGACCAUAUCUACCUUCCAAACAGGUUGCUUCAUUUAUUUGAUACCUCGUACCCAUCUAUUGCUUGGACUCAUAGGAAUCUCUCAUCAAUCACUCUUUUGUAAUGUUGAACAUGUUUUCCUUUGUCUUUUCUAAUGUUUCCACAUUUAAAUGGUUACUGCUUAUUUCAAUCUGAUUUGAGUUCAGUAUUUGUUGUAAUAUCCUUGUUUUUGAGUUGUAUUAUGUUUAGUCAACUGUUACCAGAAAGCUCUACAGAGAGAUAAGGGAACAUUACAUGAUCCCAAUCUGAAUGUUAAAUACCGGUCAAUUGUAGCCCGUAAGAUGAACAAUGAUUGAAGUUGACCAGGACUUAUGUUCUUUUCUACACACAAGGGUUGACAGAUGGCACAAUUGGAUUGCAAGCAAAUUACAACUGUGAUACUACCUAAUUUCGUUGAACAAUAGUUUGGUUCUGGUCAUCAAUUUUUAACUACUCAUUCUGCUCAAGUAGCAAUCAUGAUCCUUUGCUAUGUCUUCGUUCCUCAGAUAGUGGGCUAAACUGUAUAUUCAGCUUUGAGACGAACAGAUGCUCCAUUAAUUUGACAUCUUGCCUUGGUGUAGAAGCUGUAUUAUUUGUUUGGGUGUCCCGUGUCACCCCUCUAGCUAUAUACACAGAGCAAAAAAACAUUAUGAACACCUGCUCUUUCCAUGACUGACUAACCAGGUGAAAGCUAUGAUCCCUUAUUGAUAUCACUUAAAUCCAUUUCAAUCAGUGUAGAUGAUGGUUAAAUGACUUUUAAGCUGAGACAGAGGGUGAAUGGACACGACAAAAUAUUUAAGUGCCUUUGAACGGGGUAUGGUAGUAGACGUCAGGUUUGUGUCACGAACACUGCAAGGUUUUUCACGCUCAACAUUUUCCUGUGUGUAUCAAGAAUGGUCCACCACCUAAAGGACAUCCAGCCAAAUUGACAUAAAUGUGGGAAGCAUUGGAGUCAACAUGGGCCAGGAUUCCUGUGGAAUGCUUUUGACACCUUGUAGAGUUGAUGUCCUGACAAAUUGAGGCUGUUCUGAGGGUAAUGGUGGGCAGGGGGGUAGUAAGUGACAGACAACACCCCUGGCAUUUGUAAAUGUGCUUGUAGUAUGCUCGUGCCUGCUGGAGUUACACUGAGUUUUCCAAAACUAAAUGAAACCUCCCACAUGUGCCUUUUAUUCAGACUUCUCAGCUCAAGGGGCUUUGUUGUGUGUGAGAGAAUGUGAAGUCCAGCGCUGCUCUGCUACACAUCUGUCCAACAACAUGUCAAACUGGCUGGAAGAGAUUUUUGUGAAUUCAUUCUAAGCAAUCCCAGUCAGCUAUAAAAUAAUAUUGGUUACCCAGAAGUAAAAUUAGAGUGAAAAUUCUUGUUUUACUUCUGGGGGAAUGCCGUUAACAAUUGAUUACCUUGGUGCGAAGUCUCCUCCCUUGUAAACGGAAACGGCCAAAUCUUCCUUCUGCUAAUUUCACCUGUGUUUAUCAUGGUCACAAAGCACAUUUUUUGUUUUCAUUAAUAUUUAUGAUAGACAAUUUUGAGUUUAUUUGUGGAAUUUAGUGGAAACUGCUUAUCAUCCACACACAGGCUUUAAAAUCACAGCACCAAUUUAAGAACCGCCUAAACCCAAUCCUGCUGCUCGUAAUCACAUAAUUGUACAUGAGUUUUGACAUAUUCUCGCCGUUUCCUUUGUCCACGAGAGGUUAGUUCUGAAAUUAUAACUAUUACAGUUCAUAAUGACAAGUGGAAGUUAUGUAUCAGUGGAGGCUGCUGAGGGGAGGACGGUUCAAAAUAAUGGCUGGAACAGCACGAAUGGAAACCAUGUGUUUGAUACUGUUCCACUCAUUCUGCUCCAGCCUAUCACGAGCCCGUCCUCCCCCAUUUAAGGUAUCACCAAACUCCUGUGGUAUGUAUGAUGAUGUGGCUGUUAUGUUAACCACUUUAGAGACUUGUCUUUUCUUUACCUUUACUGAUGGGAAGGUCUGUUAUAGCAGCCACCAUUUGUUUUUCUAAUAGCACCACCAAAUUAACACCAAUUAUGUAUUUUACAACACGGUUGCUACUGAUUUCAUUUUUCGCUCUUGAAGUUAGACCCACAUACUGUGUAAACUGGAACCCCUUUGAAUUUAUUGAGCAUAUUGUACAUGUAUUUAUUGAUGCAUGUGUUUUAGGAAAGACACAUUUCACAGUGAGAUUUUUAUUCAACAUUACUACAAAGAUUACUGUCUUGAAUGUUACAUUUCAGGGACUAUAGACUCAGGGACCAUAGAAUUGGUGAAGUAGAACUAGAAGCCCUCCUAACAUUACCUUUUAUGUUCCGUUAAAUGUUUCUGUUUCUGCAAGAUGAUAUACUGCCAGGAGAGGGGGGAAUAAAAAAUUGAACAGAUGUUCUGUAUACAUUUUGGCUUAAAUUCACUCAAACUCUCACGACACUAACUGUGGCGUACAUUUCUCCCACGAAAGACUUCAUUACCCAUAUUGCAUUGCUAUGUAGCCGCAAAUGUACUUGAUCCAACAUGUCAGCCCCCGUUAGAACGAUGGUUGAAGACUCAAGCAGUGAAGAUGAAGAUCUGGAAAAGUUUAAGGAAGCAGCUUGGAGUUUUGGCACGUAUGGAAUUAAUGGUACACACAAUACCAACACGGCAGAUGGGGAAAGCAAUGGGAAGUUAUCCCGUCGUGUGUCUGUAUCUAAACAUGAACAUGAUGGGAACGAGCUUCAGACGACUCCGGAGUUCCGUGCGCACGUUGCAAAGAAAUUAGGUGCUAUACUUGACAGUUGCAUUUCAGUGAUAUCUGCAGAAACAACAAAACCCUGCACACAGGCAACCAAAUAUGAAGAUGAAGGUUUCCGGCUGUUCACCACAUCUGUCCCAGGAGAGUUUACCAUUGAUCCCCCUCCUCCCCCUGUAAGGCGUCGGCCCGUCCCCAGCUCAAGUGACAGUGACAGUGAGCUGGAGAUGAGACUGAGAGAGGCGGCCGUGUCAGUUACAGACCUCCUAUCAUCUGCUCUCCCCAGCGCAGUUACACCUUCUCUGCCAGAGUCCCUCAGCUCAGAUACAUUGAAGAAGAAGAAGAAGAAGAAAUACAAGGUUCAGGAAGGAGAGGACAGUAAUAACAGCCCUGUCCCAGAGAAAAAUAAGAAAAUGACAGCUCCUCGUGAGGUUGAGAACUGUGGAGAAGCCUCAUCUUAUGCUAAAAUGGAGGAGGACCAAAAGAGCCCCGAGGAGGAUAGUCUACCGCUGAAGGUCAAGAAGAAGAAAAAGAAACAAAAAGGCACAGAUGAAAGGGUGGAAGAGGAAGUAGAAAAGCACUGAGAGACUUCUGGACUCACUUGUGAUUUGGGAUAUUGGCAGUUCCAUGCUUGUAAGAACUGUUAACCUGUUGUAGCUUGGGGUUCUUAGCAUUCAUUAUAACAUGUUCAGGUCAUACACUGUUAUUUUCUUUAAUCACUGCAAUGUUGUACUACAAACAUUGCAGUGAUUAUUUAAAGAAAAUUGUUUGGAAUGGAAUACGUUCUUUCAGAAAUGUGGAAUACUGUAAGUGUCACCAGAUAUUUUAUGACAUUUUUUUCUCUGCCCAAAACACAAUCAGUGCUAUGCCUUGUUUUGUAAAGAAAGCAGUUUACACCGAUGUCAAGAAUUCUGAGAGCAUUUUUAUUAAAACACUUUUCUAUUGAUAAUA